AUGCCAGUGAAAUGUUGUUUCAACAGGUCACCAUCCUCAGAAGCAAUGGCGUGGUCAGAAAACAUGGACACGCUUUUAGCCAACCAAGCUGGUCUAGAUGCUUUUAAAACAUUUUUAAGAUCAGAGUUUAGUGAAGAAAAUGUAGAAUUCUGGCUCGCCUGUGAAGAUUUCAAGAAAACAGAAAGUGCAGAAAAAAUUGCUUCCAAAGCCAAGAUGAUUUAUUCUGAAUUCAUUGAAGCUGAUGCCCCUAAAGAGAUUAACAUUGACUUCAGUACCAGGGACCUCAUCUCAAAGAAUAUUGCGGAACCAACGCUCAAAUCCUUUGAUGAGGCUCAGAAAUUAAUCUACAGCCUCAUGGCCAAGGAUUCUUUUCCACGAUUUCUAAAGUCAGAGGUUUAUAAGAAACUGGUAAAUAGCCAACAGGUUGGAAAUCAUAAAAAAUGGCUCCCUUUCUUGUGAAGAAGGUAAAUGAUAAGCUAAUGAUCAGGAUAUAUUUUUGGGGGAAAACAAAUAAUAGGGGAGAUUAGUUCUCAAGCAUUAUAUUUCAAAGUUUUUUUUUUUUUAAAAUAUUCAGUGACAAUGUAAGUUUUUCUAGGGUUUAGAAUUUUUUUUUACUGAAUUUUGAAGUAAUUUGUUUAGAAUUUAUUCCUUUUUCCAGGUACUUAAAAAUCUCCUACUGGGAGAAUACAGAAACGGUUCGUAGAGAUAUAAUACACUCUCGAACCAUAUGUGGAUAUUCUUACGACUUCAUAAAUUCAAGAAGUUAUAUAUUUUCAUGCUGCCGUGUGGGAGACUGUUUAGCAUCGUAUAUGUGAUU